UAAAAAACACACACACACAAGUAUCUCGGGAAAGAUGGCGGCUGCCAGGGCCGGUUUGUUGCCCUUCACCGGCGGGGUCCGGGUUCUGCUGGCGUCGAUCAGGCUGCGAGCGGCCCCUGUGUGCUGGUACAGCGCGCCAGUGGCCCGUACCGGAGAGAAGGUGACCCACACUGGGCAGGUGUUUGACGAUAAUGACACCAGGAGGGCCCGGUUUGUCGGCAGACAGAAGGAGGUGAACGAGAACUUUGCCAUCCAGCUAGUGGCAGAGGAGCCCGUGUCCUACGUGCAGACUAACGUGGUGUCCUGUGAUGGGGGAGGCGGUGCCCUGGGUCACCCCAAAGUCUACAUCAACCUGGACAAAGAAACAAAGGUGGGAACGUGUGGAUACUGCGGACUGCAGUUUCAGCACAAGCAUCAUCACUGAGGAUCUGAAGCUCUGCUCCUGUCCUUUGUGUCUCUAGUGCUUUUUCCUGCUUAUGAUUUUCUUUUAUUUGUUUAUGUGCAUAUUUUGUCUCUGGAGAUGAUUUAGAAACUCACCAUUAAAGCUCUGCUACACUUGGUGUAUACAUUC